GGUUGAUGCAUGAAUUGAAUAAUAAUUUUCCGCUUAUUUACGGCAACGGAUUAAAGCGAACCAAUGCAUUUAACUUUGUUGUUUGACUUUCAAAUCAAUACAAAUUCAUAUUUGUGUUCAGUUACGUUUCGACACUUCAGCACCGCUCAUCUCAUUUUAUCGCAUCGAUUUUUAUCGAUUCAUAACAAACCAAGUCAACGAGAUUCACAUUGAACUGAUUCUGAGGAAUUUUACGAAUGGAAUUAAGGAUGAGAACGAUUGCAGUAGCUGCGCUUACGUUGCAUUUACUUUGUAUGUGCCAGUGCAUCGAUAUAGAUUUGUUGAACAAACAAGCAACGUAUGUUGAUGCAAAGGUCGGAGAGUACGCCGUAUUCAAUUGCCCGUUAGAUUUUCCGCAGGAUAUUGAAAUACCAUACAUAUUACAUUGGAACAAAGAGGGACACAAGGCAUUUGCAUGGUAUGAUGGAAAAUUGUCGGCCGCAGAUUACUAUGUGGGACGUGUAGCGUUGCUGGAUAACGCCUAUGGGUAUGGACGUGCGUCGGUGAAUUUAACAUCAAUUCGCGAAACUGAUUCUGGCUGGUAUGAAUGUCGUGUUAUUUUCCCUAAUCGUACACCUAGUACAAGAAAUAAUGGCACAUGGUUUCAUUUGGCCGUUGAAAGUGGUUCGCUAAUUAAAAUUCCGCCGAUUAAUCAAACGGUGAUGGAAGGCGAGAUGGCAUUCUUUCAUUGUGUAACCAAAGAACCAGAGCUAUCGUUUGCAACAUGGUAUAAAGACGGCAUCGCUAUAUCUGAUUUAGAUGACCUCGGUCAAAGAUCCGUUAUCACAUCGGACGGAAGUCUUACCAUAAAUCCGACAGUUAUGACUGAUUUGGGAGAAUAUGUGUGCAUCGUAAAAUCGAUUGAAAACGACGAACAACAAGCUAAAGCCUAUUUGAAUGUACAAUAUAAAGCAAAAGUAAUAUAUGCACCGGCCGAAAUGUACCUGCCCUUUGGUCGGCCUGCAACUUUAGAUUGUCAUUUUCGAUCGAAUCCACCGCUAACAAAUCUGCGUUGGGAGAAAGAUGGCUUCUUAUAUGAUCCUUACAAUGUUCAAGGAGUGUUUUAUCGUCGAAAUGGCAGUAUUUUCUUCAAUUCAGUGGAUGAAUCGCACGCUGGCCGUUACUCAUGUACACCAUAUAAUGAUUUAGGCACUGAAGGCCCAUCGACAUUAAUACGCGUGUUUGUACAACGUCCUCCUAUAUUCACAUUAAAACCGAAACCAAUUUACGUUCACAAACUAGGCGAUACGGCUACAUUUCAAUGUGAUGCAACAGAUCAAGAUGGUCAACAUCGACCGAUUAUCCAAUGGCGUCGCAAAGACGGUAUACCAUUACCAUUCAGUCGUACAACAAUCGAAGGCAUCAAUUUUGUAAUCGAAAAUAUCAACGAAACGGAUCGAGGUAUUUAUGAAUGUGUUGCCGAAAAUGAGGCGGCAAGAAUCACUGUCGAUUCUGAAUUGUUGAUUGAGAAUGUUGCACCUCAUCCACCGUACAAUUUAACAGCCAAUAGUACUGACACGUCAAUUACGUUACGCUGGGAACCUGGGUACAUUCGACCAUAUUUGGAAUAUGUGGUUUGGUAUCGAUUGGCCGAUGCCACCGAAUGGAGAACAUUAAGAAUGUUGACACAUCCACCGGUUCGAAGCUAUGAGAAUUUUAAUAAUCAAAAUAUGCACGCAACCGUUACGAAUCUCGAACCAGGACGAGAGUAUGAAUUCAUGGUACUCUCUCAAGAUCGGUUUGGUGACGGCAUGUUUUCCAAAACUUUUAGAUACUUUACAAAAGCAUCCGAAUACUUCACCGACGCUCCGGAUCAAUUGAAUGAGCCAGUGAUGCACUUUGCACAAAUCGGUCCGCCACGAAAUUUAACGGUUCACCAAACUGAUGCAGGCGAUGAAUUUGUCGCUUCAUGGUAUGCACCUGAAUAUGGCAAUGAAACGUUACGCGUUUAUGUUCUACGAUGGUUCCGUGAGCCAGGCCAUUUUCUAACCGGCACAGCCGAAACUAGAGAAACAUAUUACAAAGUAAGAUACCUGAUGGAGAACGAAUUAUACAGCUUCCAAGUGUUUUCGCUGUCAACGACGGACUAUCAAGCUGGCAGUAACGAGUUUGAUAUUCGCAUACCACCAUAUCGUAUCCGUAUGCGAGUAAUAGCCAUUUGCAUUACACUGAUUAUAUUAUUUAUGCUGGUUUUUGCUGCCAUUUUUAUCUAUGCAAAGAAACGAUGCUUCGAACCGUAUCCGGAUAAUGAUGAGAAAUUACAGAAACCAUAAUUAAAGCCAAUGUAUAAUAAUGUAAAUGCAACAAUGUUGUUGUAGUCUUAAUUAGUUCAUAAAAUAUGUGGUGUGUGUGUGUGGUGCAUUCUUUUUCGUUUGAUCCGUGCACGAAAGACAGAGAACAAAUAAACGAAAGACAAAUCACAUUGAAGCACGAAAAUCUCCUAAUUAUUUUUGCGCACUGCAAGAGCAUUUCACUUAUAUGCAUUUAAAACGCAAUUUGUUAAAAUAAUCUCUAUUUUUGUAAUUGUUUAAUUUUGCUUAAUGUUUUUACGUCUCCGACUUCAAUUAUAAUGUUAAGUUGUUAAGUUGAUAAUUU